AUGCUAGAGUGUCCGGGGGGAGGAUGCAGCGCUACGUGCGUGAGACAGGCAGUACAAGAAGGGGAAGCUGCCCCUUGGUGCUACGACUUUCCAAUAACAAAGGGGUAUUUGCAGGCACAGAUGGAGAGUAAAAAGGAAAACGUGUUCAUCUACAAUUACUCCCAGGAUAUGGCGUUCAGAAGGGCAGCUGGUGUGCCCUUGUAUCAUUACAAACUGAUGCAGUUCGGGAUGUUCUACAAUAAGAACUUUAGAGAUGCUGUAUGGGAGCGGUUUCCCGAGCUGCCGCGAGUAGGGAUGUUGACUCACUGGUUGCGGCUGAUGAUGAUCGAGGUGGACUGCAAAGGAGAAAUGGUCCCGCUCUAUGUGAUAGUCGGGGAGAUGUUUUACCGAAGUGUAUAA